CACAUACACACACGCGUACGCCUUAACGCCGCACGUCCAGUGUUCGUUGGAAUAGUGGGUACCGCAAGCGCGUGCAACUGUUGAUAUAUAUAUAUAUACUCUGUCAAGUAUUACAGUUCGGGCGAAUUUUUUUUUUUUUUCGUUCCGCCGCCGCCGUGCAGUGGGAGCUCCGAGUCCUUUCAGUAUUCGCGUCCACUCGUCCCCCGAAGGAAUAUUAUUAUUAUAGUGUAACCGGUGGCGUACCUCUACACGUCGUCACUCAGUAUUUUACGAUUAUCGGCGAGAAGAAAACCUUUCAGCUACGCUACCGCAAAACGAUAAAAUAAUAAAAUAUUAUAUUUUUUUUAAUACUGUAGUAUAUUAAAUAAUUUUGUCCAAUUCGUCGCCAGCGCCGGACCGAAGAUUCACAAUGUCUUUCUUUCAGGAAGAGAACGACGAGUAUGAAGAUGUAAGCACUGUGAUGGUGCGAAACUCUCAUCUAGAUCUCAUGGAUCAAGAUAUUUUAUAUCAUUUGGCUCUAGGAAGUGGUUCACAUGAUCUAAGAGCCAUGUUCGGUGAUGUUAAGUUUGUAUGUAUGGGUGGGACACCAAAACGCAUGGAACAAUUCGCUUAUAGAUUAAUGGAAGAAAUAUCAUACAAAAUACCUACAGGUACCACGUUGCAGGACAUCAGUCGAUAUUCGUACAGAUACUCAAUGUACAAAGUAGGCCCCGUCUUGUGUAUAAGCCAUGGAAUGGGCAUGCCUUCGGUGGGAAUUCUUUUACACGAGAUCAUUAAACUGAUGUUCCACGCGAAAGUCGUAGAUCCUGUUUUCUUUAGGAUAGGUACAAGUGGUGGUAUUGGGCUGGAAGGUGGAACCGUGAUUAUUUCCGACGAAGCUGUGGAUGGAACUCUUCAACCACAUUUGGAAUUGCAAAUUUUGGGCAAAACUGUGAGAAGGAGUUCGGUUCUUGAUAAGAAACUGCAGUGGGAGUUAAAAUCGCUAGCGGAACCGGAUGACCCAUACCCAACAGUGAUCGGCAAGACUGUAUGCACUAGUGAUUUCUAUGAAGGUCAAGGACGUAUGGACGGAGCAUUUUGCGACUUCACAGAAGAAGAAAAAAUGGAAUACUUAGAGAAAUUAAAAUUCAAUGGUGUAAGGAAUAUCGAGAUGGAAUCUUUAGCUUUCGCUGCGCUCACGCACCAUGCGGGAAUUAAAGCAGCCGUGGUUUGUGUCACACUGUUGGACCGACUAAAGGGAGAUCAGAUCCAUUACCCCAAAGAGGUGUUGGACGAAUGGCAGCAGAGACCCCAAAAAUUGGUAUGCCGCUAUAUAAAGAAAUACCUUUCAAAACGGGGUUUGAUUUUGAACAACCAUUGUGGAUCGGUGAACGUUAAGAGCCCGAGGAGGUUUAAGCUCGUCCAACAAGAAUCCGAAAGUUAUGACUAAAUCAAACGAUUCAAUAUAAUACGCUUCUGGACGUGGGCUUCAACACACGAUACACGCCUAAAUAAUGUUAUAUUAUCCUAUAACCGUUGACGAUAAAAUACUACUUAUCUAUACACGAUACUUUAUGUAUAUGAUUUAUGCGGGUUCGUGUUUAACGACGCUAUUUUAUUCCAAUUAUUUCUUCUUUUUAAAGACUUUUUCAUACUUAAUAUUAUAUUCUAUCUUUAUAUUAUACACCUAUAUAUACUACAUAUACCUAACCUAACAUUAAAUACUAUAAUAUAUUCUACGAUAUAAUAUAUCCCAUUUAAAAUAUUUUUGAACGUUUUGUAUAUUAACUAUAUGUGUAUUAAGUAUAAUUUCUCUUAUAAUAAAAUCUUAGAGUACUAGCGAUAUUUUAACUGGUAGAAAACUAAAUUACUCACUUAUAUACGAUUUACAUAUUAUUUCAUAUAACCUAGUUUUACUCAGUCAUGUAAAACCUACUUGUUUAAUGUCUAUAUAUACCUAUAGUUAAUUAUAGUUGUACGAUUAUACUUGAACAUCACGUCUUCGCAAAAUUUCAUAAUAAAAACGGUUUUUUAAACAACGUAUAUUAUUUUAUAAAGCCUAUGACUACAUUAUUAUUGCUCAAAAUUCGUUUGCACGUAAUUCCAAACACCAAUAAGUAGGCAACUAAUAAUGAUACAAAUACAAAUUACAAUAAACAACCUGUGUUAUGUAAUAAAUUUACUCAGUUCAGAUUUUUAGACUAAAACAAUAAUAUUAAUGUAUUUUAGCAAAUUUAGGUGUAAUAAAAGUAAUUUUAGUAUGUUAAUAAAUGGCACUGUUAAAUGUACCUAUUAUUGUUAUACAAUUGUAGUUUAGUUGAAUAAAUAUUUUUUAAAUACCGA